AUGAGUAGUCACUCUAUCGGAAUCCCCACAUCUUUUGACCCUGCCUUCCUCUACUCCGAAUACGACCUCGUACAGAACGCACCGAGUUCCAUCUCCCACUCUGACGACCUAGAAGCAUUGCAGGCGUGCAUCCUAGAAGACAGGGCAAAGAAGAACGUGCAAGGCGUUGUCAUACAGCAUCAAUCUUGGAACCUGACAGACAUCUUCAGGAGUGAGGGUGAACAAAGCAUUGAUACUCCCCUUAGAAAUCGAACAUAUCUCCCCAUCCAGCGCACAUCCAUCGACGAGCGUCCUUUUCCAUCUUCGCCGCCCACCUUCGUCAUGCCGCUUGUCUCCUCCCCAGUCGCAUACCCGCCGAGCUCGUCGAUGCCUCAGGCCACGACACCGAAGAAGAGAAAACGCUCGAUCGAUGUGCGCAGCCCACUGAAUGGUGCGCCAAAAAAGGAGACUGCACGUAGAUUUGGGGGCUUUUUGGACGAUUCGGACAAUGAAGAUGACGUCGCAGCAUUGAAGGAGCACUCGAUGAAGAGGAUAGCGGUCACUAGCAUCAGAGAGCUGCCUGCAGCGCCAGAAGAACUUGCACACUGCACUCUACCUGCAAGCCAGGACGAGAUCGCAGAUGCGGAGGAUGUACCGGUCGAAGCGCUUGACGAGUAUUUUGACCUACAAUCACAAACCAAGCGUCUCCCUCUCCACACUGCGCCCACAUAUGCGCGGUCGGUGCAUGGUUCGAUCGCACGAAAUUCAGCAGGCAAAACGAUCUACAUACCAAAGAAGGCGAAGAAAGAGGCCAUCUCUUUCGAGGAGUUGAUCGCAGCGCGGUCUGAGGCUGUGGAAGGCAAGGCAAGGACAAGCUACUACGGCAUAGACAUUCACUCGUUAAUCGAUGAGGCCAAUGCAGAAGACACUGCGAAGGCCGCCAGCCAAGCGCAAGCAUUCCAAAAUUUGACACACCAGUCAAUUGAGCAGCCGGCUAGCAAGACCGAAAAAAGCAAUCGUACGCUGAUGUGGACUGAGAAGUAUCGCGCACGCAAGUUCACAGAUUUGGUGGGAGACGAGCGUACACACCGAUCUGUUCUGCGAUGGCUGAAGGGCUGGGACAGCAUCGUGUUCCCCGGCUCUGGCAGGACCAAGUCGAGGACAGUGAAGAAAGAAUUUGGAGAGGAAGAGCAGAAGCACCGCAAAAUCCUGCUUCUGACAGGGCCGCCAGGACUCGGCAAGACGACUUUGGCGCAUGUGUGUGCUAGACAAGCUGGCUAUGAGGUCCAAGAGAUCAAUGCAUCAGACGAGCGAAGUCGCGAUGUGGUCAAGGGCCGCAUUCGAGACAUGGUCGGAACGGAGAAUGUGCGUGGCAUCAGCUCAAACACUGCGAAUGGCAAAGUACGCAAAGCUGGCAAACCGGUCUGCGUGGUUGUGGAUGAAGUGGACGGUGUGGUUGGCGGCAGCAGCAGCGGCGGUGGCGAAGGCGGUUUUGUCAAGGCAUUGAUUGAUCUCAUCAAUCUGGACGAGAAGAACUCAAAGAUGACUGGCCAACAACAGGCGACAGGCUCAAAGACGAAGAAAGGUGACAAGUUUCGGCUGCUGAGACCGCUCAUUCUUAUCUGCAAUGAUCUUUACCACCCUGCGUUACGACCCCUACGACAGUCAUCGACUGCCGAAAUUGUGCGCAUUCGCCAGCCUGCCAUGAACAUGGUUGUUACGCGCAUACAGGACAUUUUCAGUAAAGAAGGCUUCCAGUGCGACUCUGACGGCGUGCGCAGACUUUGCGAGGCAACCUGGGGUGUCAGUACAAAGAAGGAGGGCGGCACAGGCAGUGGCACAGGCGAGGGCGACAUUCGUGGUGUCAUGGUAAUGGCUGAGUGGGUAGCAGGGCGGCUGAAAUCAACGCACGAUCUGAGGUCCAGCGAUCGACCACAUCUGACGAAGAAGUGGAUCGAAGAUAACUUCAUCAAUGACCUGAAGCAUGGAGGUGGAGCGGCUCGCAGCUUGGGCCGCGGUGGCGCGAAAGAUGUCGUGGAUCGCGUUUUCAAGGAAGGUGCUGGCUUUCCUAAGCAGGCUGAGACAACAGAUGUGCGGACAGCGGCUGCUCGAGCAAAGACUGGCGUUGUUGGUGUUGCUGAAGCAGCGAAGCGCCGCGCAAUGGACCGACUUCGAGAGAUGGUCGAUACGAGCGGCGAUUGCGACCGCAUCGUGGCCGACUGCUUUGCUGCCUAUCCCGAUAAGCCUUUCCAGGACGACACCCUCCUCAGCAAGCCUUCCGUCGCCUACGAAUGGCUUCACUUCCACGACACUCUGUCCUCUGCUGUGCACAGUUCGCAAGAAUGGGAGCUCUUCCCCUAUCUUUCUCAGACUGCCCUCGCCUUCCACGACCUCUUCGCCUCGCCUCGACGCGAAGCCUCCAAUCCAGCAGCCGACCCCGAUGCCCAACCCCUACCCUUCUCUGGUCCUGGCGCAAGCUUCGCCGCAGCCGAACAAUUCAAGGCCAGUCGCGCGCAACUCAUGGGCCUGCAGUCAUCCUUGAGUGUGCCACUCACCAGACUGUUCCGGAGCCCAGAGGAGAUGGCGACAGAACUCAUACCCUACACAUUACGCAUGCUGUCGCCCGAUAUCAAACCUGUCAUCGUCAACACUGGUCCCGCUGGCUCGAGAUCUAGCGCUACAGCGGCAGUGCGCAAAUCGUCAGAGAAAGCUCUUGUCAAGAAAGCUGUCGAAGCCAUGGCUGCAACAGGAGUGCGGUUCGAGCGAAGCAGGAUUGAGGUUGAUGAUGCUAUGAACAGAAGUGGGGGAUUUGUGUUCCGCAUGGAACCUCCACUCGACACACUCGCGUCUUUUGAGACACUAAGCAGCAAGAAAGACGACAAAGUGCGAUAUGCAGUACGUAGCGUUCUGGAGAUGGAGUGGAAGAAAGAAUCCGCACGAAUCGAUAUGGAGAAUCGAAAGCGACGAGGUGGGCAGGAGAGCGAGGAGAUUGUGAUACCCGAAGAGAAAGACGAAGACGUUGCGAAAAAGCUCGAAGACGCGAACAGAAGAGCGGUGAAGAGAGAUUUUUUCGGCAGAAUAAUCAAGGAGAAGCCGCUCUUGGAGGGUGAGGUGAGGAAGAAGACGAAGCAGGAGGGCGAUGACGACAGAAUAUGGGUCAGCUUCCACGAAGGAUUCUCAAAUGCGGUGAGAAAGCCGAUCACGAUUGACGAGCUGUUCAGGGGGCUCUAG